CUAUGAAUUUCCCUUGACUCGGAGAGGAAGGAAACUUCAUACCGGAAGCGGCGGCGGCGGCCGGAGCGCGGAACCUGUGACCUCUGCGCCCCCUAGUGUGCCUCGGAGCCGGGACCCUCUUCGCUGACGGCCGGAGGGAGGGAAGCCGGAGCGGGAGACGCGGCCGGAGGGGUUCUCUGACAAUGGCCUGUACUAUAGAGAAGAUCCUGACCGAUGCUAGGACCCUGCUGGAAAGACUGAAAGACCACGACAACGCAGCUGAGUCUCUCAUUGACCAGUCCACCAUGUUGCACAAGCGGGUUGUGUCCAUGAAGGAGGCUGGCACACCUCUUUCGCACAAGUAUCAAGAGGACGGAGCUGAGCUGAAGGACAUGUCUAAAUACAAACCUCAUAUUCUGCUAUCUCAGGAGAACACUCAGAUCAGAGACUUGCAGCAGGAAAACAGAGAACUGUGGGUUUCUUUGGAAGAACACCAGGAUGCUUUGGAACUUAUUAUGAGCAAAUAUAGGAAACACAUGUUACAGCUGAUGAUGAAAAGAAAAGAUGUGGAUGCUCAGCCAAUUUUGAAAGUGCAUCAAGCUCAGUCUGCAGAAAUUGAGAGUCAAAUCGACAGGAUCUGUGAGAUGGGAGACGUAAUAAGAAAAGCUGUUCAUGUGGACAAUGACCAGUAUUAUAAAACACAAGAAAAGCUAGCACAGUUAGAGCUUGAAAAUAAAGAGUUGAGAAAACUCUUAACAAUCAGCAGAGAAUCUAUUGAGGUGAGGCAAGAAGGAAUGCCAGAUGAUGCUUCUCAAUCCACAAAACAGCUGCCUUUGAAUAGUUGAUCUCUGAAGCUGGUAAACUGCACUGCAGGAAGGAGUGUGCUUAUUUUACAAGCUGUUCUUUAAUUCCCUCAUGUCUCCAUUUGGGUAUCAUUCCAGCCUUUUGCUAUAUUAUAGAGACUGUGCUUUGUGCAUAGCUGCUGAAAUGACUCCCUCUGCAGGCUAAGGUUUGCCCUGCUUAAUCCUACAGAGGAGUACUCGUGCAGCUGUAGUCCUAAGCAAAUGCUUUCUCAGGGUUAUCCUUGCUUUCUGAAAUCUCAGUUGGAUAGGACAAUUUGAUCACUUUUGGCUUUUCCAGUGUAAGUACAUUUCUUUAAAAGUCAGACUUUUAUAGGAAAUGCAGCAAAAUAGUCCGAACAGACUUAUUUUCUUAGAAGUUUAUUUACUUUCAAGCAAAUAAUGCCCAAGAUAAAUUGUCAUGAAAAAUUUAUGCCACGCAUAGGCAAACUCU